CAAAUCCAUCCUCAACCAACUUUAUCUGGCUCUCACACACCCUCAAAAACAACUCAAACAGGCUCAACAAUAGAUAGUGAUUCUAAAGGUGAAGAAGAGGAGGAACUUGUGAAAACAUCAAACGGUAAUCAUCACAAUGGGGGUGAAUCGAGCGAAGCUGAGUCUGGUAGUGUGACAUACGAUCAAAAAAAGACGAGGAGAAGAAAG